UUAUUAAAACAUUAUUUAAUUCAGUGUAUUGACAAUAUAUUAUACUUAAAAUGAUAUAAUAGUUUGAGAUUAUCGUCGUAUUCUAUAUUGCUUAAAACAAAUUUAUUCUCAAUUACAACAUCAUGAAUAAUUAUAAUAAAUUAAGGAUUUUAUUAUUUUCAUUGAAACUAUUAUUAUUCAUUAUAAAUUGUAAUUCAUUACUUCAAACUAUCAAUUCACCAGUUGAUCAUGAAUAUUCUAUUGAAGAAGAAGUUCCUAUUGGUACAAUUAUUGGAAAUUUAAUAGAUGAUUUAAUUAUUAAAUAUGCAAAUUAUGGAUUAGUGAAAUUUUCGCAUAAAUUGAAUUCACCAAUAAAUGAUAUUGAUAAUUCAUAUAGUUUGAAAAUAAUGAAUUUUCCUGAUCCAUACGUUAAUUUAUUUGAUAUAAAACCGGAUGGAAGAAUAAUUCUCAGUAGGCGAUUGGAUCGUGAUCAAAUUUGCCCUAAACAACAUCAUAUAGAUUCAUCUCUCAUAAAUAUUGAUUCAGCACAACUUUCAAGUAUAUAUACUGGUACUCAUCGACAAAGUAUCUUACAAACAGAAAAAAUAUCUUGUUCCAUAAUUAUACAAAUAGGUUUGUUUAUUCAUCAGAAAAAUUCUAUAAUAAAUAAGAUAGACAUCGAGGCAAAUAAUAAAAAGCAAAUUCGACUAUUUCAUGUACGUAUUAACAUUCAAGAUAUUAAUGACAAUGCUCCAUAUUGGCAAGGACAUUUACAAAGAUUUCGUAUAACAUUCCUGGAUGGUGAUCCAGUCGGAUCACGUCGUAAUAUACCACCAGCAAUAGAUAAUGAUGCAGGAAUAAAUGGACUUAUUACUUAUGAACUUGGUCCUGUUAAUUCGUUUGAUAAAUCUCAUAUACCGUUUAGUUUAAUUGAGGAUUCAAUUGAUGGACUUCAUUUAUAUGUAACUAAACAGAUAGAUCGAGAAGAACAGUCAGAAUACAAAUUAAUAUUAAAAGCAACAGAUGGAUCGUUAUCAUCGUCUACCUUAUCAGCAUUAUCUAAUGAAUCAACAUUUAAACGAUUCACUUCAACUUUGUAUGUAGAUAUUUUUAUAGAAGAUGUUAAUGAUAAUACACCACAGUUUACUCAACCAAUAUUUACAACAUCCAUGCCAAUAGCUGAAACAACCCCAGUAGGGUCAACAGUUCUUUUAUUAAACGCUACCGAUUUAGAUUCAGGUAUAAAUGGCAUCUUUCAUUUUAGUUUUAGUAAAGAUCACUACUGGCAACCAGCCGAGAAAAUUGCUAGACAUUAUUUCGAUAUACGUCCAAAUGGUCAAAUUAUAGUUAAGCAACCAUUAAAUGUAGACAAACUUGAUCAAAUUAACAGUCAUAUUAAUCAUAAUAACAACAAAAUAGUUUUGCCUAAUGUAAGAGGUGCUUAUCAGUUGAAAGAUAUUGAUGAGAAUAUUAGUAAAGAUGCAAAUGUUCAAUUUCGCUUUCGAGCCGUUGUUGAAGACGAAGCAACAAGACCAUAUACACGCUCAAGUGAAGCAACUGUUAUUAUACUUGUUACAGAUGAGAAUGAUGAGCCACCCAUAAUUUCACUGCUUCCAAAUCCAGAACUAAUCAGUUCGAAUGCACUAGAUACUGUUACAACAUCGAAUUCGUUUAGCUACUUUUGGGUUUUUGAAAAUCAGCCUGUUGGUACUAUUGUAGCCACUGCACAAGCAUACGAUCCAGAUUUUGGUGGACAGGAUCAAGUUGAAUGCAACUUGAAAGAUUCAAAUUUUUCACUUAUACGACUCACUUCACAAGCUCAACCUGAAUUUGAUAGAAACACUGAAGUGAACUUAUUAACAGAGUAUCAUUUAAUUACAGCUAGAAUUUUAGAUCGUGAAAGUACUUCUCAUCAAGUGGUUACUAUUGUUUGCUCUGACAUGGUUGGACAUUACACAGAACGAAAUAUAACCAUUCGUAUCUUAGAUCAAAAUGAUAAUCGACCAAAAUUUUCACAUGAAAUACUAUAUUUACAAGUUGAUGAAAACGCUCCAUACGGUACUCAAGUGAGACAGCAAUCCCAAAAAGUUAACAAAGGUUAUUUUAAUAAUGUUCAUCAGACUGGAUCAUCACAAGGACUUUUAGCAACUGACUUAGAUAUUGGAAUUAAUUCUCAAAUGACACUUUUUCUUCUUGAAGAUGGAGUUAACUCAACUAAAUUCAAAAUUGACUCACAUACAGGUAUCAUAACUACAAUGGACAUGUUCGAUAGAGAAGUCAAAGAAAAAUAUACAUUAACUGCAUUAGCAGUUGAUCAUGGAAAUCCUCCACUCUCAGGCACGGCUACAGUGCAAAUAAUCAUCAAUGAUCUUAAUGAUAAUGAACCAGUUUUCUCGACCAAUAAUUAUACUUUUCAUUUACAAGAAAAUCAAGCACGUAGUACAAUAGUAGGUCAAGUUAAUGCGACAGAUAUUGAUUCAUCUGCGUAUGGUCCAUUGGAAUAUAGCUUUGCUAAUGAUCCAGAUUCAGUUAAUUUUACAAUUGAUAAAAUUACUGGUAUUAUUAGAAAUCGUCAACCACUGGAUCGUGAAGAAAAAUCUCAAUAUAUAUUUCGUGUUUUAGUUAAGGACACGAAAAUUAAAUCGUCAGAAUUUAGUAGUAUAAAUAAGCUCAACUCAAGGAGUAUACAGUAUACUGGUACAUCAACAGUUACGGUGAUUGUUGAUGAUGUCAACGAUAAUUGGCCAGUAUUUAUUAGCCCCAAUUCUACAGCAAACACUCUGGCCAUCGCUUUAGAUCAAAAGACAACCGGUUACAAACUAGCUUAUAUUCAAGCUGAAGAUAAAGAUGAAGGGAAUAAUGGUUUAAUUACUUACAAUAUUUUAACUGGAAAUAAUUAUGGAUUGUUUGGACUAGAUUCGACAAGCGGAUUGCUCUAUUUAUCAAAUCCUUUCAGUGAUAACAAUAAACUUAACGAUCAUAGCAAUGAAUUAUAUGAUUCAUCAAAUACCUCUAAUUUACCAACAAAGGAUGAAUUUGAUAGUCUUCUGCACAAAUCCAGUAUGCAUAUACUUACAUUAGAGGCAUGUGACCAAGGUAAAGAUCCAAAACCACGAUGUACAUUAUAUAACAAUUUAAAAAUCAUGAUACAAAAUAAUAAAGAAAAAGAUAUACACAAUUUAGAAAGUAAACAGUCUCAAUAUCAUUCACCGAAUCAAUUCAUAAAUGCUCCAGGAUUAACAUCAGCCGAAACAAUAGUAUCUUCAGCAUUCAAACAAAAUCACCCUAGUCAUAUUCAAAACAAUUUUAAUCCUAUUCAAGAAUUCAGCAACGAUAAUCUCUAUCAAAAAGGAACAGGUUUGACUUAUGGAAAUCUUUUGAUGAGUAAACAAAAUCACAGACUUAAUAGUUAUACAACCAAUGACAUAAUGGUUACUUGUCUAUCUAUUAUAUUCGCCUUGGUUCUCAUUGCGACUCUUAUACUUGUUUGUUUGGUUCGCAGAAGAAUAGUGUCGUUUAAAACUCAAACCAAGAAACCAGUAAAUCAAGUGAAGAAUGAACCUAUUCAUCAUUGGAGAAACCAAACUGUCUGUCCAAACUCAUCCAUAAAAAAUUAUAAUAUAGCUUCAUCGGGACAUGGUCAAUUAUUGAGUAGUAUAAAUGAAAAUUCUCCAAGCAUAAAUCAUAAUGCAGAAUUAUUAUUAUCAAAAUCAACUAUAAGCAAUAAAAAUAAUAAUAAUAAUAAUAAUAAUAAUAAUAGUCAUGAUAAUAAUUAUGAUGUCAAUUUUGUUAGUAUACAGAACUCACUAAAUAACUCAAUUAUUUCACCGGAUGAAUCUAGUUCACCAAGAAGUAUUUAUCAAUUUAUUACAUCAUCAUCAUCAUCAUCAGCAACUCACGUGACACAAACAACACCAACAGUAGCAAAAACAAUUACAACUGACUACAAGCAAUAUGGAUGUAAUACCCGAGAAAUAAAUUACAAAUUUAAUCAAUUGAAUUCUGUAGAAAAUAGAAAUGAUCACGAUAGAGCUAAUGUAUCAAUGAUGUUUCAAAAAGCAAAUGAAUAUAAUAACUCUAUGAAUAAAUUUGAUGAUUAUCAAACACUGGAUUAUUUGGGUUUAGUCAGUCCUACAAUAUUAAAUAAACAGUCAGUUUAUCAUAAAAAUCUUGGAUUAGUAACAUAUAGUCCACAUAUUAUGAAUAUGCCUAAAUUAAUAUCAUUACCAUCUGGAGGAUUAACAACAUUCAAUCAUCAAAAUGCAAUACAUACUGAAAAUAAACAAUUAUUUACAUCAAUUCAUUAUAAUCCUAGCUUGGAUAAUUCAUCAUAUCAGAUCACUCAUUUUCAUACUCAAUCACAGCCACAACCAAUGAGUAAUAGAUAUACAACAUUACCAACAUUUUCAAAUAAUAAUCAAACAAUUUGUGAUUUAAAUUCAACAUUUAUUCCUACUUGCAAUCAACAUCCUAACAACGUGACUAAUACUAAUAAAAAUAGUAACAUAAUGUUACCUUACCUAGUGAUGAGUACAAGUAACAUGAAUUUAAAUAAUAUACACUAUCCUAGUAAAACUGGUAAAUAUCCAACACAGUCACAUACAUACUAUGAUAUUAGACAAUCUGAUUUUAAGCCUAACAUACCAGUGAUGUAUAAAUCAAAAUCUCAACAAUUAUCAACUGCUAUUAAAUAUCAUAUACCAAAUAAUAAUAAAAUUAAAGAUGAUGGUUUUAUGGAAUCUUCAAAGAUUUGGAAAAAUGAAAAACAUUUCUCUCAUACAACAGAAAAUAUUGAUGAAGCUAGUAUUAAUAAUAUUAAUAAUAACUCUGUUGUAAGAACAGACUUUACAAGUUCGUGGAAUGAAACAGGUAUUUGGACACCUGAGGAAUCAAAUACACCGUUAGAGAAAUGGGUAAAAUUAUCGGAGCAAAACACUCAAAAUCAUAAUAACAACUCAUUUAAUAUCACUGUUCCAUCCACUAUGAAGAGUAACAAUACAAUUACUGCUACUAGUAAUACAAUCAUCGAUAUAACAAAUUCUGCUGAUAAAAACGUUAAAAAUAAUACCGAUAUGGUAUGUGAAAAUCAUUUUCCCCAUAUAGGAAGACAACCAAAACUGGCUGAUUCUGGAAAAUAUAUGUCAGCAGCUUUACGAGAAUCUAGUUUUGUAUAAAACACUAUUUUUCUCCCACAUAAAUUAACAUGAAUUGAAUCUAUAUACAAAUGUUCACUUAUAAAUUGUAUUACACCUUAAAGAAGAAGGGAAUGACGAACUAACUGGGUUUCUUUUCUCACAAAAUAAUCAAUUAUCUGUUAAUAUCUUAAAUAUUGUAAACUUUGUGGAUGAUAAUCUUUCAAAUGAACACCAAACAAUGUGCAGUUUUAAUUGUUGUUAUUGGUUUUUCUUUAUGUUUAUUAUUAAUAUACUUGGUCAUUGUAAAUAAUAAAUGAUGUUUAUAUAAAAAAUUUUAGUGACCAUUUCUCAAGCAAAGAUGGAUAGAAAUCGAGGACGCGCGCUUUGUUCUAUUUGGGACUCGUCAGCUGGAUGUACCUGCAUCCCAAAGUUGAUGUUCACUCCAAGACUCGGACCCAAAACCGUUCGCUUCAAAUGCCAUCGCGUUAUCUACUUAGCUACUGAGUUCUGAUAGCCACUUGCUUGUGCAAUGCGGUGAAUUUUAAAUUCAUUUGGUAUUUCGAUAAUGCAAUGAGAAGACUAAGUUUAUCAGAAUUGUGAUAUAUUAGAG